AGCUGUACAGCCGACGAAGCGUUGCAUAUCGUUUUGUUCAUCGGAGUCAGGAUUUGCUUGGAUUAUAUUCGAAUACAGUGUUAGCCUGACUGCGAUGUGCAUUUGAGUAUUUUCUCACCGGUCCAUCGAGCGAUUUUGGUGCAGGAUCGUCGAUAAUUCUCGAGAGUGAUUAUCGGAGUGAUCGAGUGCAUGGGACAUAGUCGGACUCUUUUGGUAACGGUGAUCAGAUAUUUUGGAUUUGCUCGAGCGAUUGAAGUUCUGGCACGGUUUGAGGGAGUGUUAAAAUUCGAAAUUGCCGGAGAAAAAAUGAAGAUCUGCUGCAAUUAAAAUGUUUGUGAACACGUGGCGAGCUUCGUAGAUUUUUUGGUUCAUUUAUAUCGAGAAAUUGUUAGUUUUUACGAUCGCACGUAGUCAACAGUUUUGAAAAUGCCACCGCAAGACAAAUUCGACCCCCCCAAACCAGACUGUUUCGUAAAACCGAAUCCCCCGAAUUGUUGCCCUGGUCAGCAGCACCUCGCGAUCAACGGGCCGUCCGAGGGCCCAACGAAUUCGGUGACAGUGACAAAAACCGACGAAAAAGACAUGGAUUUCGACGAGUUGUUGCCGCACGUCGGGGAAUUUGGAUUUUAUCAAAAAAUCCUUUUCGUCCUGAUGGUCCCCUUCGCCUUCUUCGUUGCCUGGGUUUACUUUUCGCAAAUUUUCAUCACUCUCGUACCCGAGGGACACUGGUGCAGGGUACCGGAACUCGCAAACCUCACGGUGGAGGAAAGAUUGGCCCUCGCCAUUCCCCCGGCCGAAGGAGAAGCGGAAUCCACGAACCUCGGAUACUCAAAAUGUUCAAUGUAUAAUGUGAACUAUACGAAAAUAUUGGAGAAUGGGAGCAUUCGAGUUGCUGAUCCUUCCUGGCCAAUACAGAAAUGUCAGUACGGUUGGGAAUACAAUUUCACGGAUGUGCCUUACGAAACUGUAUCUACUGAGUUCGAUUGGGUGUGCGAGAACGCUGCACUGCCGAGUUUAGCUCAGAGCAUAUUUUUCGUCGGAGCAAUUUUUGGUGGUCUGAUUUUCGGAUGGAUCGCUGAUCGUUACGGUCGAAUUCCAGCGCUCGUUGGUACGAACAUGGCCGGAUUCGUCGCAGGUGUCAUGACCGCGUUCGCUACCAACUUUUGGCAAUUUGCGGUCUGCCGCUUCCUCGUUGGACUCGCAUUCGACAAUUGUUUCACGAUGAUGUACAUUUUGGUCCUGGAAUACGUUGGACCAAAAUGGCGAACGUUUGUGGCGAACAUGUCGAUAGCGCUGUUCUUCACUGCUGCGGCCUGCUUGCUGCCUUGGAUAGCUUAUUUCGUGGCUGAUUGGAGGUGGACGAUAGUCGCGACUUCCGUGCCUUUGGUCCUUGCGAUUGCGACGCCUUGGGUCGUACCCGAAAGUGCGAGAUGGCUCGUUAGCCAAGGUCAAGUGGACAAAGCCAUUACGAUCUUGAGGAGAUUCGAACGGUUGAACGGCACCAAAGUGUCCGAGAACGUUUACACGAACUUUAAGAAUAGUUGCGAUAGGAUCCGAAAGGCCGAGGAAUUAGAAAAGUCGUAUUCCGUGCUGGAUCUUUUCAAAAGUCCUCGAUUGCGAAAUGUCACUAUACUUUUGAUAAUUAUUUGGAUGGCCGUGUCUUUGGUUUUCGAUGGCCAUGUCCGGAACGUCGAUAAUCUGGGGCUCAACGUUUUUAUAACUUUUACCAUCGCCUCGGCCACCGAACUGCCGGCUGAUACUUUUUUGACUCUGGUUCUCGAUCGAUGGGGUCGAAGAUGGUUGGCCUGUGGCUCUAUGGUGAUAUCGGGCAUUUUCAGCAUAUGGGCUUGUGCCGUUUCUGACCGAAUAUACUCGGCUACACUGGCAAUAAUGGGCCGCUUCUGUGUCAACAUAUCGUACAACAUUGGUCUCCAGUACGCUGCAGAAUUGUUACCAACCGUAGUGAGGGCCCAGGGUGUAGCUUUGAUUCACAUAAUGGGAUAUGUGGCGAGUAUUGUGGCCCCUUUUGUCGUUUAUCUCGCCAUCGUGUCGCCGGUCUUGCCACUGCUCGUACUCGGCGUUCUCGGUAUUUUGGGAGGAAUACUUUCGCUAUUUUUGCCGGAGACGUUGGACAAAGAUUUGCCACAGACGUUGCAGGAUGGUGAAGAAUUUGGGAAGGAUCAAGGCAUGUGGGACAUGCCAUGUUUGAUGAAAAAAGCGGACGAUGAAGAAAUUCAGUGUGGUUCGAUUGCGAGAUCGUACAGACACGGCAGUGUGAGGAACUCUAUGCGUGCAUCGAUUCGUGGUGAAGCCCUUCGAUCCAGCAUGAUUCAGAGAUCCAGCGUUAGACCGCGCCGGAAUGCGAGUUCUCCACCUGUCGAGGUCGUAAGACUUUAGGUGAAUGGAAUUAUAACGCGCUAUUUUUAUUUAUUUAUUUUACCUCUUAU